AUAUGAGCUACACACUUGACUGUGACAGACGCUAUAGUCAGAUAGAACUGUCACAAGCUAAGGUUCCAGGUGACUACUAAACCGAAGCAUGAAUUACGAGGAAGAUCCUGAAGGUUCUGGACUCCAGUUCUGGACGAGAGACUUCAGGACUGCCCCAGUACCACGCAAGACAGAACGUCCGGAGGUUGCACCUGGGCAGGAGUGGACAGACCCCAACUUCGAUAAACCGGCGAUAAUAAACGUUAAUGAAACUGCGCAUCUAAUAGAAUGGAAGAGAUCAUAUGAGAUAGUCCCGGACCCUGUGCUGUUUCAUGGCGAUGCUUGCAUGGAAGAUAUCAACCAAGGCACGUUUGGAACAUGUUGGUUCUUGUCCAUGUUGGCAAACCUCGCCGAAAAACCGAAACUCAUGAAAAAGGUGAUUGACAAGAAUGCCUUCAAGCCCAAGACAGACGGAAUCUUCCACUGCAGACUGUGGAGGUUCGGGGAAUGGGAGGACGUAUACACUGAUGAUAUCCUGCCUGUAGUAAAAGGACCAAAUGAAUUAUUCGGAGCUCAGUCAAAAUCAGGAACUAACGAAAUGUGGGUUUCGCUGAUGGAGAAGGCUCUUGCAGGAUGUCACGACUCGUACAGUGUUGCUGAAGGUGGCAUGCCAAGUGAUGCCUAUCUAGCAUUGACAGGAGGUGUGCCAGAGACGGUAGUGAUGGAAUACACCAAUCACAGCGUCCUGUUUCAACGUAUAGUCAAUGCACUGAAGUGUGGAGCCUUUGUGACUUGCUCCACGAAAUCAGGCACGUCAUUAUCAAACGGAAUAGUUCCAGGUCACGCCUACUCUCUGAUUAGUGCACAUGAGAUAACGAAAAAGAACGGGAAGAGGGUUUUCCUCUUGCAGAUGCGCAACCCAUGGGGGUCGGAUGAAUGGACAGGAAAGUGGAGUGACAAGUUGGUAUUUUAUGAGAUAUUUGAUUCUGGAUUUCUUUGUUUGCAUAUUGUUUACACUUAGCCAUUGACCAGCUAU